AUCUUUGAUCGAUAACUUUGCGGUCACACUGAAAACACACGUCCACGUACAAAAGUUAAAGAAUUUAGUUUAAAAGUCUUAAUUUAGGGAUUACAAUAUCUUCAAAGGUGAAAGAGCAACGGCCAGGCAACGUCAACAAUUUUCAUAGCUGUGAACAAACAAUUGAGUUUCGUGCAGUAUUCGUCAUGUCCAAUUCCGCUGCGGGACCCACCAAGCAGGACCUCGAGUCCGUGUUCAGUCGCCUGCGUGCUCAGCCAGCCAACAAAUCCUGCUUUGAUUGCGCGGCCAAGGCACCCACCUGGUCUUCCGUCACGUACGGCAUCUUCAUUUGCAUCGACUGCUCGGCCGUCCACCGGAAUCUGGGCGUUCACUUGACGUUCGUGCGUAGCACCAAUCUGGACACGAACUGGACGUGGCAGCAGCUGCGCCAGAUGCAGCUCGGCGGCAAUGCCAACGCCUCGCAGUUCUUCCGCUCCCACAACUGCACCAGCUCCGAUGCCCAGGUCAAGUAUAACUCCAGGGCGGCCCAGCUCUAUCGGGACAAGCUGAGUGGUCAGGCCCAACAGGCCAUGAAGGUGCACGGAACCAAGCUGCAUCUUCUGGAGCCGGCGGUCGACAAGAGCGAGGGCAACGAGGCUGCCAAGGAGGAGGAUUUCUUCGCUCAGUGCGACAAUGACAAUGUGCCCUCUGCGGAUUUUAAUGCGGAAAACAACAACAUCAGCAAGCUGGAGACGAAACCGACUGCCUCGCUCAUUAAUCUGGAGAGCCAGCUAGGCGGCGCCCCCAGCGUGGAUCUGCUCAACUCGGUGGUGGCAUCCUCCGUGCCCUCCUCAAUAGGGGUCCGCAAGAUACAGCCUAAGAAGGGCGGGCUGGGAGCUCGUAAGGUGGGCGGCGGUCUUGGAGCUACAAAAGUAAAGACAAACUUUGCCGAUAUUGAGGCUCGUGCCAAUGCGGCCAACGAGAUGAAGACGUCCAGCGUCCAGGCAGCGCCCGCGGAUAAGCCCCAAACUGCGGAAGAGGAGCUGGAGACGGUGGCCAGCAUGCGACUGGCCUACCAGGAGCUAUCGGUGCAGAAGACACGCGAAGAGGCAAAGCUAAAGACCAUGGAUCCGGCCAAGGCCAAGCAAAUGGAGCGCCUGGGCAUGGGCUUCAGUCUGCGUGGCUCCGAUAUGGCCCACUCCGCCAUCGGGGACAUGGCGACCAUUCAGCAGACGGCGGCUCCCAAAAAUAAAAUUUCUUCGCUGGAGAAUGACAAUUUCUUCACCGACUACUCGCUGUAUAGCGGUGGAGGCGGAGGCGGCUCAGGAGGGCAUUCUAGUGAGAAGCGAGAGAGUUCGGCUGUAGGUUCCAGCAAACUGGACAAAUUCGAGCUGGAUGCGUUGGGCUACGAGACUAUCGAGCCCAUAGGCGGGACGCAUAGCAAUAUUACGUCAAUGUUUGCCAACAACUACGACUACGACAAGCCCAAGGCGUCGACCAAGACGAGCAGUGGUUCGGGUGCCACAUCCACAUCGACCUCUUCUUCCUCCUAUGCGACCAGCAAAAGCAAAAGCACCGCCAGCAGCGAUCCCGUAAUAGCCCAACAGAAGUUUGGCAACUCCAAGGGCUUUGGCUCCGACCAAUACUUUGCCAGCGAGCAAUCUUCCUCUGAUGUUGGCGGGAGUCUGAAUCGAUUCCAGGGAUCACGUGCCAUAUCCUCGUCGGACUAUUUCAACGACGGAUCUCCAGUUGGCAGGGGGGGAAAUGGAGGUGGGUAUUCAUCUGCGAACUUUAAUGCGCCCGACCUAGACGUGGAGAGUGUAAAGGAGAGUGUGCGCCAAGGCGUCCACAAGGUGGCCGGCCGCAUCAGCAAUCUGGCCAAUGAUGUGAUGUCUUCGCUGCAAGACAAGUACGGCUACUGAUAUCAGAAGGACGGCCACAGCCAGAGCCAGAGCCAGAGGAGUCGCAGAAGCAGCAGCGGCAGCAGUGGUGGCGGUGCAGGAGACACUAAAUUUAAUGUUUUUAUAUAUUAGUCACACAAAAAAGCUUAGCGAUUAUGCAGAAAGUUAUAAACAAUUCCGAGCAGUUAACCAUGUAGCCUAGCAUCAGAGGAUUCAUCCCUGGAUACCUCUACAGUUCUUGUAUAAACAAAAAAAAGAGUAACGAAAUGCAAGCAGUCUAGCGAGCUGUACAAUACGCGUAGUGUCUUUUAAAAUAUACAUACACAUAUUAUGCUAUACGAAUGAGAAGGAUCGAUGCAUGCCCCUUAGCCCUAAUGAU